AUGAAGUCCAUAGGAACCAUGAUAAGGGAGGCUGCUCUAUCUUCUCAGGUUCAUUUCUUGGAGCAGAGUGUGCAGAAGCUUGAUGAAGAACUUGAGAAUCAGAAGAAACUAAACGUUCAGUUCGUCGACAGGCAAAGACUCUUCACGACCAUCAUUAAUAAUCCAACACGUCUAGCCAAUGGAGAAGGAUACGUGUGUAGAAUAUUCAACUUUGAUAUACAUGACGUUGAUUAUGUGUCCCUUCGUCCUAGCUUCCGCAUUCAUAGUACACUAAUGUGUUGA